AAAUAAUAAGUACAUACCUACUUAGGUAUCUUAUUUAGGUUUCGUGUAUUGCUCAUUAACAAACAGAAACUUAAAGUAACUGUUUAGUUUGCAUUCAUUACUUUUCCGAGAACCAAAUUUUUUAUGGCCUUAAUUGAAGGGAGCAUAUACCUAUUGCAAACUUCGUUUAUAGGUGGGUAUUGUUGAUUAAGUACAAAACAUGAAUUUCAAGCUUUUUUCCCACUUGACGAUGGCACAUCUCGUAUCGGGGUGGUGGAGUGUCCUAUGCGAGGAUUCCAAUGAAGGUAUACUUGAUUCUAACGAUCAGAAAUUACUUAAAAAGCUAACAUAUGACCCAAAUUUGUACCAAGAAGUAGGGGAUACGUUGAUUGGUCUAAAACAGGAGUCAAAUAAAAAACGUGAAGAAGUAGCGCAGUUAUAUUAUGCUGUAUGUGAAGAAAACAAGAAUUAUCAUGCGGAAAAUCAUGGCAUGCUCAAAUAUAUACAAGCGGUUAAAAUACGAGACUGGAUUGUUGAUCUAGAAACAGAAUUUCCGAUAUGGUUGAGAGAUCUUGAAGUCGAUCGUUUCAUUAAAUGGGUAUUAGCUCUCAAUUUUGUCGAAAGACCUAUUUUCGAUGAUCUGCGAAAUCGCCUACAAAAAUCUCCUAUAAACGUGGACGAAUUUGCUAAUGAAAUGUAUUCAAUGGUCGAAGAAACAUCAUCUUUCUAUGCUAAUUUGUCCGAAGUCCCGAAACCAAAGCAGGCUGAAAUACCACGUUUAUGCGAAAUAAUCAUCGGAGGCGAAAAAGAAAGAAAAGCUGCUUGCAAGAUCCUACUAAGCACUAUCUGUGGCGAUAGAACUAAGUAUCAUACAAUAAAUAAUAAUAUUAUAUCUUCUUCAAUUGCUGAUACUUAUCCUACAAAAUUUUACUUGAUAAUCACACAAUAUAAAAAAUUGAAUACGGAAGAUAGAAUUGGUUUUGAUCAAAUUUUAAAAAAUGUAACAAGCAACUCGGAAUUUAAUAACCAGAAGUGCGCCAUACUUGAAAGUUUGCUUCUGGUUCGUAGUCAAACAGAUGGACAAGAACAAAAAACUACUUUACCCACCAUAGUUAUUCGAAUAGGUUGCCCGAUAAAUAUAAGAGGUUUAUCCUGUGGAGAAUUCAAGGAAAAUUAUCCAAAACUUAGGUCUGUGAUGAAUGCUAUAAAAACUGACCAAGAAGAAUUACUAAGAGCAGAACAAUCUGGUGGAAACAUUUUAACACAGGAUGACUACAUAUCUCAGAAAUGGCUAAGGUUUUUCGAAAGUCGAUCGAUCACUGCUGAUUCCACAGGAAAAGGAAACUCAAAGGAACCAUCACGUUAAACGGCCCAUUCUUACACAAAAAUUAAAAACUAAUGAGCUCACCAACCAGAUGCUCAUCACUUAAUAUUUCUCUCCAAUUUCCACGUCUUUUGUUGGAAACCUCUUUGUUUGAAAGUAUCUUCGUUUUUCAAUUUCUAGUCCCGCCAAAAAUUAUUUUCUGAAAAGAUUUUUUACCUAGGUAGAGCAAUGACCUUUACAGAGAAUAAUAUAAUGCAAUAUCCCUAUAAGAAUAGAUCAUGCAAUAUUUCCUCAAGAGAACAAUAAAAUUACAUUAUCAACCUCUAGGCAGUUAAGGCAUGCCUACUCAUCAUAAAUUGUUGAUGAAUUUUUUUGUAGAUAUAAAUUUUUUUACAUUUUUUUGUGAAAUUAGUUUGAUUUUUUUGUAAAAUUAUUCGAAUGAAUUUGAGUUAUAUUUGCAGGGGAUGAUGAUACUUACAGGUUAUGUGUUAACCAAAAAAAAAAGGUAUGACCAUUCGGGUCAAUGGAAGGAGGGGGGGGGAGAUAUAGGCCCUCACAUUUGUAUACUGCUUGAAAAAAAUCUGUUUUUUGGAGUUGAAAUCAAACAAGAUGUAAAAUUGAAUUCCGGAUCUUUUUAUAUCAGUUUUCCUGGACCCUCAAUAUUUUUUUUGAUUAGUCAGCAUUAUUUACAUAUGUUGAUACACAACCCAUAAGAACCCUCAUUUGCCAAUUUGGACUAAAUUUGUGAAUUUUUCUUUUCUCCUCCGUUUUUCUAAUGAAACCGGUUGCGCUGUCACUGUAAGGCUGUAAGUAGUACCGAUUUUCUUUUGGUGGCCAACUGACGUAAAAUUUAAUCAUCAUCAUUGAACUUUGACCAAGUGAUCUGUUCAGCCCAUCUAGGGAAAUGUAGAAGAAUUGCUCGCCCAUGUAUCAUCAAGUCUUUUCUUCGGUCUUCCUCUGCUCCUCUUGCCAGUUGGAGUGUAUUCUUCGACUUUUCAAGGGGACCAUUCAUCAGGCAUUCUGUCAACGUGUUUUCGCCAUUUCUUUCUGUAAUCUUUCACUAUUCCUCCCACAUUCCAGGUAGCAAUCUUCAGCCUGUUUUGUUUCUUCCAUAGCGUGGGCUUUUUUGCCUGCUGCCCAACAGGGUUCCCUGAUUUUCCAGCCAGUGUCUUCUUAUUUUUGUUUUCUCGAGAAAUUGUUUUUUUUUUCGCUUCUAUGGGUUUCUAGCCCAAGGAAGUAUAGCUUGAUGAGGGGGCUGCCCUCUGCACCAUCAAGCUGACUUUCCCAAAGUUUGGUUAUAAUGCCGAAUUCUCGCUUUUGUACAGGAUUCAUGUCUAGCACUAGCAGUAUUUAUGACUCUAGAGUAUCGGGGUUCACAAGCUUCACUGCUCUUCCUGUUGCUGCUUCAGGGAUAUUUUCCGAUUGUUUUCUCCUCUCCCCUACUUCCUGAGAUGGCUUGAUGUUGUAGCCCAUUCAGGUUGCAGCUUUGACACUGGGCACAUGCCAAGGUGUUAUGUUUGAUCUUAGCCUCAUCCUCAACUUCCAGCCUGCUGAAGAUGAGUUACCAGCCUCUGUGAUGUGAACGCUCCAAACCUCUCUUAAGGUUUAUCUUCUCUACUCCUGGGACUUGCAGUUGUAGCGUAGAUUGUACUUACCCCAAGUUGGCCCAAGAGGCAUGUAAAAUUUAAUAAGGUUAACUACCAGUUAUGGGCCACUUUUUUACAAUUAAUCGCCAAGACAUCAUUGAUGACCCAAUUUUGAUAUAUUUUUUAAAAAAAUAAUCCUUGAAGCUUCCUUUUUCACUUUAAGGUGUUCAGCUUUGAAAAAAAGUAAUUAUCAUUUCCUUAAUUCCUAUUUGAAAUAAGGUCUAAAAAAAGGCAGUUUUUGAAGAGGUACCAAUUACGAAUCAUGCAAAUAUGAACGGAAGCGUUGAAUUUUUCUUCACUCUGAGACCAGUUAUACAGUGAGUUCCGCUUAAUGUGUUAUCCGUUAAUAGAGAAAUUCGCUUGAUAGAGUUGAAAUGGGUUGGAACGGGAUGUUUGCAUCUUUUUACAUGCAAGUUUUAUCGCUUAUAAUAGUGAAAAUGAGCAUUGCACUCUGUUAAUAGAGUGGACUAAUCUUUAAAAGUUGGAAAAAAUCAUGAAUUUCAGCAAAAUUUAACAAAAAUUGGAUGUAAAAAUGUGGAAAUUGAUGAAAAUUAGCAAAAGAUGAUGAAAUUUAUGUAAGAAUUUAUAAAAAUUGUAAAAAAAGUUGUUCAUAGUGUAUUAAAAGAUUAACCGUAACUAAAAAACACAAACAGUAUUGAAAUCACCGUUAAAAAACAUCGAAAAGUGAUACAACUUCAAGUAAAUUUGGAAUUUUGCAGUUUUUUCCCGCAUCGGUUAUUAGAGUUUUUUGCUUAAUAGAGUUGAACAUGCCUUGGACCAACGCGCCCACAUUAAGCUGAACCCACUAUAGUACCGUGAGAACCACAUUAGAAAAUUUUCAUCAUCAAAGUUCACAAAUAUUGAAGUUGAAAAACUACCAAUUGUGGAUUGUUCUGUAAUUGGUACCUGACAACAUUUUUGAUAUUGAAAAAUUCAUAGGAGAAAAAAAAAUUAGCUACUAAUUUCGGAUCAAACCAAUUACAGACCAAAACUGAAUUUCACAAUUUGAAUGUUUAUUCACCUGAACAUGAAAAUAUAUGCGUUAUGCAACAUAAAUACAUAAGACUUGGCUUAUAAUCAUCAAUUUUGAAAACAUUACAGCGAUUUCAAGUUUGAACAUUGUCAUUCUACCAAAAAGCGGCUAACAUAAACCUAAAAUCUGCAAAAAAGUUUGAACAUGUGAAAAAGUAGUUCUUGGCACUUAGCUUCACACAUAGAAACCAAAUGUUCGUUGAAUAUACUCUUUGGAUCAAUGUAAUUGAAUUAAUUAAAAACCCUUGUACAAAUUUAACAAAAUUUUUGCUGUGAAAAUUUUUACUUUCUGAUUACAAACACGGGGAGCACACUGAUAACACCCAACAUCCAAAUACCAUGCAUUAUUCUAGGUUGGCUACACUCGAGGCAACACAAUGCAGCAAUCGGCACUCUUUUUGGACAAGUUGCAAACUAGCCAGGACCUCGCAAAAAAAAGAUCCGUAAUUGGUACCCCAGUCCAUAACUGGUAGUUUACCUUACAGAAUAAAAUUCCUCUUGACCAUUUUCACGAUAAAAUUGGAAAUGCGAGUUGAAAUCACGAAAACCCCAAUUUAAUAAUUUAAUUGGAUAAUUUUCUCAUUGAUUGAAAAAUAUUAAUCGACUUCAACAUAUUAGCUUAUCAGUUAUCAAACCAUCAUAAAUAAGCAUCCAGGAAAUUUUUAAUCAAUUUUUGAACUUUACAUCGUCCACAUUCCAUUGAAUAUCUACUUACUCCGUGAUUUCACUCCAACAUCAGAGAAAACCAUGAAACCUUUUAUAUAGUUUGAAUUUAACUUUAUAUUUUUUAUAGCUUUUUUUUGUUCAUCAAAGUCCAUUUGACAGAAAAAAUUGUUAUGUGUUUUCCAGAACAUGAAUGCCAAGCUUUUUUCUCACUUGAUAAUGGCGCAUCUCUUGUCAGGGUGGUGGAGUGUCCUAGGUGGAGAUUCCAGUUCUGUGGAUAUGAAUAAACUUCCACAUUCGUUCGAAAGAGUAUGGGACAGGCCAGAAUUUAAGCAGAUAUAUGAUAUUGCAAAGAAUGCUAACGCAAACACAGUAAAACAGCAUAACAAAAAUCGGAUUACUAAAACUACAUAGAAGUACAUAAAUAUAAAUUGCGUAUUUUCAGAGAUGUAAAAAUAUCGUAUUUUAUUUUUUACGUUGUACUGUAAGUAAUAAAUUGAGCGUGAACUCAAAUCAAUGUGUUGUGAUCUUCGCUUCUGAAGAAAGCAAUCAUUUUUUGAUUUUUUUUAAGGUAGGUACUAUGUAUUUUGACGACGAGUGAUUUUUCGAAUUUGUAAAUCUUGAAUUCACAAUAAAUUCAACUACUUUAUAAUUUCACAUUUCUGGUAUAAGUGAAUUGUUUUUAUAGCAUAGAAAUUUUUUUUUGUAAAAUUUUCUGUCAACAUUUUUUUAGUUACUUAAUUAAAGCAUUCAAACAUCUUUCUUGUGAAAUGUUUUGAAAUGUUUUUUCUUUUUUAGAUAUCUUUUAAUCCCAUGUAUUAGGUAUUUUUGUAAAUUUUUUUGAAUUUAUUUCGUGAAUUAUCUUGGAACUGUUUUAUUUGUUUUCAUAAAAUUGUUUUAAAUUUU